AUGCUUCGACAGGGCUCCGGUGCGCUUCAACUUGUUGCAUCAAACUUGGUGAAUGCCGAGCAACAGAGAGGGUUCGCUACAUUGAAGGUUAAUGACGGUUUAUAGCCAUUGAAACUCAUUGAAUUCGUUUGAAGGAUAUCUCCAUCCGUCUGAAGUCCGUGAAGAACAUCCAAAAAAUCACCAAAUCUAUGAAAAUGGUUGCCGCGGCAAAGUACGCCAAAGCAGAACGAGAGUUGAAGGUAUAUCACUUCUUAUUAUUAGUUUUCUAAAAAUUGAAUGCCCUAUCUUAUACUUUAAAAAAAAAACCGCGCACAGGCCUGCCCCGACGGUCCCCGCGGGCGUAACUAUUUUCCAGUUUCUGUUUAUGUUUCCAAGGUUAAAUGAUCUAAUUUUUUAGCGAUAAGAAUUUUUCGAUCAGUGAAUCCAUGAUUCAAAAUUUGAAAAACAUCUUCACAAAAAGCACAAAAAAAAAAUGCAAACUAUGAUAAAACGAACAUAGUUUGGCUAAAAUUGAAAAUUAUAGGGUGCUCGGGCUUACGGUGUAGGAGCCAAGGCUUUCUUCGAUAACAUCAACCCACAAGGCGACGAAGAAGUCGCUGGAAAGCCAGCCGAUGAGAAAAAAAAGCAUCUCGUAGUCUGCAUCACUUCUGAUCGUGGACUUUGUGGAGCUGUUCACACUUCGAUCGCCAAGGUAAUUAACUUCAUUUUCAAUUACUGUUAUUUUUUUGUAGGAAGCGAAAAAUAUGAUCUCCAAGGCUGCUCCCAAUGAGGAUAUUCGCGUUGUUUGCAUCGGGGACAAGUCUCGCGCCGUUCUUCAACGCUUGCACGGUUUUCCUUUAGUUCAAUGAGUAUUUUCUUUGUUAGGUUGUAUAAUUUCAAUGCAGCUAAACUAAGAAGAAUGAAAAAAUAAGCUGUUUCUCUUUUUUUUCCAGCAUUAAACAGUGUAAAUCAGUUUCAUAAGUUGCUGGAAAUCGCAGAAUUCUUGUAUAAACUUUUAUCAGAGUUCUCUUACCAGGUAACGUUUUUUAACCCCCGGUUGAACUUUUGCUGAAACUUUGCUGAAGUGUACUUUAGGACCCCUUGAUUGCAGAUCAAGAAAAAAAUUUCUCGCAAUAGAUCUUGUUUCCGAGUUAUGGAGCUUCAAAGUGUGCAAAAUACGCAAAUUAGGCCAAAAAAGCGCUAUUUCGGGUUUUUGAAGUGUCCUAACUCGAAAACGAGAUCUAUUGCGAGAAAAUUUUUUUCUGUUCUGGAAUCAGGGGGCCGUAAAGAACACUUCCGCAAAGUUUCAGCAAAAUCGGGGGGUAAAAAACGCUCCCUAGUUAGAUCAACCAAUCAAUAUUCCUUUUUUCUUCAUAAAAGUAUUCGACUAGACGGUGAACGAGGACUUUUUAAGCAUCAGCAAUAUUUGAGAGAUUUUGAAAGAGUUUAAACGCGUAAGUUUUGUUUCUUGAAAAAUAGAUGACUUUGGGGACAAAAAUCAACAAAAAAAUGGUUCCCAAAUUUUCUUCGCUCACGAUAUUUUUAAACAUUUUUCACCUCGUUGUACAACCUUUUUUUGUGGCAGACAUUUUCUUCAUAUAUUUAUUUUUCCCUUUUAAAAUUUCUAUUUUUGAAGAUUAUUCGUACAAAAAAAAAAGUAAAAUACUGAUAAAAUCCAGAUAUCAAAUAUUCGGCUAAUUUUUAAUGUAACGGGAAAUCUCUUAAAUCAUUGAAACGUUUGAAAUCGAUCCUAUUAAAUUUUGAAAAAUUUCAUGGUUUCUGAAUCGUAAUUAAUUUACGUUUUCAGAUCGAAAAUUUUUUUUAAUCCUAUGGAAUCAUGCGUGUUUAGGCAAGUACAUCAUCCUUUCUGCCAACGAAAUCGGCCGUCAGCCUCCAACUUUCGCUGACGCUUCUAUUGCUGCGAAGGCUAUUCUUGAUGCAGGAUUCGACUUUGAACAAGUUUACUUUUCUUUUUUUUUUUAGUUAUUUGAUAACUUUCCAGGGAACGAUCCUGUACAAUCGGUUCAAGUCGGUUGUUUCGUACGAGACCUCUAAGCUUCAAAUUCUCCCUCUCGAGGUGAAUAAUAGUUUUGGAUUAAAUCUGAAUUAAUUUUUCAGGCUAUCAAAACGAAAGAGGCUCUUUCAACUUAUGACUCGGUAGAUGACGACGUCUUGCAGUCCUACGCUGAAUAUUCUCUAGCUCAACUCAUCUAUUACGCCAUGAAGGAGUCGGCGACCUCAGAACAAAGCUCGCGAAUGACUGCUAUGGAUGGAGCCUCGAAGAACGCUGGUAUGCUCUUUUUGUGCAUUUUUUGUUUUCAAGCCAGUACAUUCCCGGGAAACAUCAGGACGUGAAACAAAAAAUUUCAAUCUUCAAUCAUUUUUCCGAGAUUAUUCGUUUUUAAAAAAAAAACUAGAAACUUUCCCGAAGAAGCAAAAUAUCUCUCAAAAGGUCAAGUUACUUCCUUAAAACCUCUCACUACUUUUCGACUAUAACUGCAACUAGAUUUCAGAACGAAAAAAUUAGUAAAUAAAUCAGCUCUCGAUCUUGGAAGAGCUUGAUUCAAAAAAAAAAAUCUUUUUCAAUGUUUCCAUGAGUUUAUCGUUUCGUUUUUAACAUGUAAACGGUGAACUUUUCCAGGAGAAAUGAUCGACAAGUUGACCUUGGCUUUCAACCGUACCCGUCAAGCAGUGAUUACCCGCGAACUUAUCGAAAUCAUCUCUGGAGCUGCCUGUGUUUAG